CAAACUUCAGGCUUAGCUCCUGUAUUGCGCGACACCAGUGGCAGACAGCUGCAGCUACCCAGUCAACCACUAGCUGCCGUGCUGGUUACCCCAACUUGUUGCACGGUUGCCUCCACAAUCACAGACACGUACAUACAUUUGAAUGUACACUCAAACAGCGCUGCAUUGCAGCAUCACAUGUGACUACAGAUGCUCAUAAGUAUGUGAGUGUAUAUACGUGCGGGCCAACCCCCAGCCCGUUGAGGCUUCUGCAACACUCUUUCAACACUCGGCGGUGCUUUUUUGGCAUUCUACCGGGCACUUAUGCAGCCGUGGCAGCAACAUAUUUCAACACUUCGCCAUAAGAAGCCCCCCAGCAAGACGAGCGCUCAUGGCAAUAAACAAAAAUAAACAAGUACUUCUGCAAUGAAAAAUCAUUUAAAAUCAAAACAUCCAGAAGAAUUUAUUGCUUUGAAUAAAGACAAGAAAGCUGUUGAGGCUACUACAGUUUCUUUAGUCAUUGCGGGGACAAGUUCAUCUUCAGUAGCAAAAAAGCAAUUGACUAUGACAGAAUCUUACGAAAGGAAAUUGCUCUGGGAUAUAAGUGAUACUAAAGCGACAAAGUACCAUUAUUUAGUAGGUGAAAUGAUUGCACUCGACAACGAGCCAUUCUCCAUAGUGGAAAGAACCGGUUUUACCAGGCUCUUAGAACAAGCUUUACCCCGCUAUAAACUGCCAAGCCGGACUUAUAUUGCACAAAAAAUCGUUCCUGAGAUGUAUGAUAGAAUUUACGAGAAAAUCAAACAUAACAUUUCGAGUGCCUUCGCUAUUUCAGUGACAUCUGACAUAUGGACUUGCUUACACAAUAAUGCUAGCUUUCUGAGUUUUACAGCUCAUUGGAUAUCACCUGAGUUUAAACUAGAACACGGAGUUCUGGCAAUGAAGCCUUUCUCAGGUUCACACACAGGAGAAAAUAUAGCAAUGGAACUCAACAAUAUCGCAAACCCCUGGGAUAUUGAGCACACUAAAAUACAUUUGUUCAUUCAUGACAGUGGUGCUAAUAUAGUGAAGGGUGUUCGUUUGGCUAAAUACGAUUCUGCGAGAUGUUUUAUACAUACGCUUCAAAGAGCCAUAUACGAGUCGCUCAAAAUACAGACUGAAGUAACAGCUACAAUUGCUGCUGGAAGGCGACUUGUGACGCACUUCAAUCACUCAGGUCUAGCUCAAGAAAAACUGCUGAGGAUCCAAAAAGAGCUAAGUUUACCCGAGCAUCAGUUAGUGCAAGAUGUUAGCACUAGGUGGAAUUCCAUUUUUUACAUGAUUGAGCGUUUGUUAGAACAGAAGCGGGCCAUAUCAUUGUAUGUUGCUGAUCACGAUACGCUCAUAAAUUUGACAGCUCAACAGUGGAAUUUGAUGGAGCAGCGUAUCAAUUUAUUAAAGCCCUUCGAAGAAAUUACUAAAAUAACAAGUUCUGGACUAUCAUGCGUGUCGGAAGUUAUACCACACUUUAUUGCUUUAAAAAAAUACUUUGAUAAAACUGAAACUGAGCAAAGAACUCCUGAUUUAUCACAUAUGCGAGCCUCGUUAAAAGCUGAGUUAGAAACUCGUUUUACCUCCAUAAGUCAAGACUCAAACUACUUGAUUGCAACUUAUCUAGACCCUAGAUUCAAAACAAACUACUUGGGUGUGAUUGAAGCUGCAAAAGUAUGCCAGGAGAUCUUAUUGGAAUAUUUGAAAAUGUCUUGUGAAGAGUCUUCAAGUAGCAGUUCAUGUUCAACACCGGCUAAAAAGAGUAGAGGAGAGUAAACAGAGCCAACUGUAUCUUGCAAAGCUCAUGACUGGGACUGCUUUGAUGAAGUAGCAAAUGAAAACAACACUGACCAAGUGCAACGUGAAGAAAGAAAUGCGAUAACCUGUGAGCUGGAUUUUUAUCUCAAGGCAGUGCGAAUUGAUCGCACUUGCGAACCUUAUUCUUGGUGGGCAGCUAAUGCCAAACAAUACCCCAAUUUGACAAAGUUUGUUAAAAUCUACCUUUCUUCUCCUUGCAGCAGUGUGUAUAGCGAAAGACUUUUUUCCGAAGCUGGGCUUAUUUAUGAAGAGAAACGCAACCGCUUGCUACCUCUCAAUGCGGAGAAAUUAGUAUUCAUUCAUCAUAAUUUGCCCUUAGUGCAGUAUGAGUACUAAAUGUACUAAUUCAAUUAAU